AUCUUAUCAACCCAGCUCGUGGGGACACAUCAGAGAAGUGAGAAACAAUCUUUAGGAGGUAGAAAGAAAGCAGAGUGGAUAUACGUUAAAAAGAUUAAAGUGAAAUUUGUUUGUACGUCAGCACUGAAGAGGACAAAAACAUGCUGUUGGAGUUUUUCAUCUUUGGGGUGGUUACCUUUCUUAUGACAGGGGUUCAGUGUGAGGUGGCUGAGGUGCUUGUUGAAGUCGGCUCUCAGGCCAUACUACCCUGCAAAUGUAGUACUUCACUUGCAGACUCCUCUGCUGUCGUCUGGACUCAAGCAAACAAAGGCACUGUUUGGAGGAAGCAAAAGAGCGGUCUGCAGUACUGGGGUGCUGGCUGGUCAACCAAAGAGACCCAGCGUGUCCGAUGUCUCCACUCCCAGUUUGAAAGAGGCGAUUACAGCCUGCAAAUCAACAAUGUCAGGGAGGAAGAUGCAGGAAUUUUCUCUUGCAGAGUGGAAAAUCGAAAAUAUGUUACUGAAAAUGUGGUCAUGCUCAGAAUCAUUAAAGUGUCCUUCUCUCCAUCGGUUCCUUUAUUGAACAACGACGUUUCAAUCAGCUGUGACGUGACUCCUUGGCCUUAUGGAGCCACUGUGCAGUGGAAACUGAAUAAUAGUCCAUUUGAGUCCAGGAGUCGAAUCACCUCAAACCGCAAUUCUGCUGAAAGUGCUGUGAGGGAAAAGGCAACAGAGAGACUGACAGGAAAAUGGACCUGUGUUGUAGGCUACAAGGGCAAAGUGGGGCAAGCUUUGGCAACUCUGACAGUGAAAGGAAUCAUGCAACCACCCAAAGACAAUACUAAAGUGUACGCUGCUGUGGGAUCUGCAGUCACGCUCCCCUGUGUGUUCUCCCCGGGUUUAAUCCCCUCUGGCACUAUUUGGGAGAAACUGAAGCCUGAAUCUCAUGUUAAAUCUGGUCCUGGUCAUCUUGUUGUCCCUUUUGUCUCUGAAAACAAUCUCAAACCCAACUUAACACAAAGUAACUGGUCUGUCACUUUGAAGGAGGUUGGGUUUGAGGAUGAGGGCAUGUACAGAUGCUCUGGGACUGCAGAAGGACAACUGUUGACUCGAAAUAUGCAGCUUGUUGUUGCUAAAAUUAACAAAAGCGUCCCAACAAAGAAAAAAGGCUCGCUGACACUGACCUGUGAACUGUCCGACACGAGCGAAGUCACCGACUACGAGUGGGUUCAUGUGUCUGGCAACCUCAACGGCACCGAGUCAAUUGGAUCUGUCCAGAAGGGGAAGACUGUAAAAAUAAGCAUUGUGUCAGAGAACCAGGGCGAGUGGACAUGUCGCUUCUACGGGAAGGAGGGCAUUUUGGGAAAUGUUACAUACUACAUUCAAGCGAUGAGUGGCCUGAGUGGACAAAAAUCAUCAGGUGUCUCACAGAACACCGGUGCUGUGGUCGCUCUCAGCUUUCUCCUCUUUGUUCUGCUGCUGGUUUUGGUGAAGAUGUACAAGAACCACCAAAGGAGGAAGAGGAUCUUGCAGUACCCUGCGCUGGAGGCGAUUGUUCACACCACCUCCAAUGAGCGGGAGGAGCGAGAAAGGACCAGAGGGAAAAAAUAAAGGCACAUUAAAACAGCAUCGCAGGAAAGACCUCACAGCGCUAAACUGAAGUGAGGUCCACCUUCUUUGUGGCCGCAGCACGUUGGGAGACUUUUGUUUGCACAAGUUUUGUAAAUAUGGUAUUUUCAGAGCAGACGUUGUAGCAGCAUUGUUGUUGAAUUUGAAAUGUUGUAUAUUAUUUUUGUAACUGUUUUCAAUUUUUCAACUGUAUGUAAGUAUUUCUUUCGAUAUAUAUACGUCGAGAAUAAAAUGUUUUACAAAUAAAG